CUGAGCCGAGCCGGGGGCGCCGAGCGAGCGCGGGAGGCGGCGGCGCGGAGCCCAGGUGGCUCUGCUGCCGAUGGAAGUGCCCUGGCUGAUGAAGUUGGCCCACACACCAUGUCAUCAUGCAUCUCUAGCCAACCCAGUAGUAACCAGGCUGCCCCCCAGCAUGAGCUGGGAAGUGUGGGCAGUAGCCAGAAGUCCUGCGAGGCCCUGCAGGGCCUCUCAUCCCUGAGCAUUCACUUGGGCAUGGAAUCCUUCAUCGUGGUCACUGAAUGUGAGCCAGGCCAGGCUGCAGACCUCAGCCUGGCCCAGGACCAGCCCCUGGAGGUUGAUGAUGCAGAGGUCCCCCUUGAUGUCCCUGAACUUCAGGCCCGGCGUUCCCUCUCAGGUCGCAAACUGUCCCUGCAAGAGCGGUCCCAGGGUGGGCGGGCAUCUAGCAGCAGCUUGGACAUGAAUGGACGCUGUAUCUAUCCAUCCCUGCCCUACUCACCCACCAGCUCCCCGCAGUCCUCACCACGGCUGCCUCGGAGACCUACAGUGGAGUCACACCACGUCUCUAUCACUGGUUUGCAGGACUGUGUGCAGUUGAACCAGUACACGCUGAAGGAUGAAAUUGGGAAGGGCUCCUAUGGUGUGGUCAAGUUGGCCUACAAUGAAAAUGACAAUACAUACUAUGCCAUGAAGGUGCUGUCCAAGAAGAAGCUGAUCCGGCAGGCUGGCUUCCCACGUCGCCCCCCGCCCCGAGGUACCCGCCCAGCUCCAGGGGGCUGCAUCCAGCCCAGGGGCCCCAUCGAGCAGGUGUACCAGGAGAUCGCCAUCCUCAAGAAGCUGGACCACCCCAACGUGGUGAAGCUGGUGGAGGUCCUGGAUGAUCCAAAUGAGGACCACCUGUACAUGGUGUUUGAACUGGUCAACCAAGGGCCUGUGAUGGAAGUGCCUACCCUCAAACCACUCUCUGAAGACCAGGCCCGUUUCUACUUCCAGGAUCUGAUCAAAGGCAUUGAGUAUUUACACUACCAGAAGAUCAUCCAUCGGGACAUCAAACCUUCUAACCUCCUGGUGGGAGAAGAUGGUCACAUCAAGAUCGCUGACUUUGGAGUGAGCAAUGAGUUCAAGGGCAGUGAUGCCCUCCUGUCUAACACCGUGGGCACACCUGCCUUCAUGGCACCAGAAUCACUCUCAGAGACCCGCAAGAUCUUCUCAGGGAAGGCCUUGGAUGUUUGGGCCAUGGGUGUGACGCUGUACUGCUUUGUCUUUGGCCAGUGCCCAUUCAUGGAUGAACGGAUCAUGUGCUUGCACAGUAAGAUCAAGAGUCAGGCCUUAGAAUUUCCAGACCAGCCUGACAUAGCUGAGGACUUGAAAGACCUUAUCACCCGAAUGUUGGACAAGAACCCAGAGUCGAGGAUUGUGGUGCCAGAAAUCAAGCUGCACCCCUGGGUAACGAGGCACGGGGCCGAGCCAUUGCCAUCGGAGGAUGAGAACUGCACGCUGGUCGAGGUGACCGAAGAGGAGGUCGAGAACUCGGUCAAACACAUUCCCAGCCUGGCGACCGUGAUCCUGGUGAAGACCAUGAUUCGCAAGCGCUCCUUUGGGAACCCCUUUGAGUGCAGCCGGCGGGAGGAGCGCUCCUUGUCAGCACCUGGAAAUCUGCUCAUCAAAAAAACAACCAGAGAGUGGGAGCCCCUGUCUGAGCCAAAGGAAGCAAGGCAGCGAAGACAGCCUCCGAGGCCCCGAGCCAGCCCCCGUGGGGGAGGAGGAAGUACUCUUGUGAAAGGUGGUCCCCAUGUGGAAAGUUGGGGAGCUCCAGCCCCCAGCUGCCCUGCACCCAUGCCUCCACUGCAGCCCGAGGAGGCAAUGGAGCCGGAGUAGCUGCCUGGACCACUCGACCUCACAUGCCUGGCUGUGUGGCGCCACACAGGGCUGCUGCACCCUGCGUUUCCAUAGUAGCAUGUCCUACGGAAACUGAGCACAUGUGUAGAGCCUUGACUGUCAUCUCUGGUUAUUUGUUUGUUUGUUUUUUUUUCUUUGUUGUUUUAAGGGGACACACACACACACACACACACACAAACCGACUCCAUGACGUCCACUUUGGCCGCUGGCUGGCCAGACCAGCGGGUGUUAAGGAGUUGCAGACCUGAACCCUUGUGCAUUUUGGGACAAUUGCUUUGUAAAAUGUUUUUAUGCCAAAAAUCCUUCAUUGUGAAUUCAGAACCAUG